AUGACAUCAACUUCAUCAACUACAACUACAACAACUACAACAACUACAACAUCAUCAUCAAUAUUUAGUAUAAUACCAAAAGAUAGUUUUAUUACAAAGACAUUGUCAUUGUUGGAUAUUGAAAAAGAGAGUGAAGUAAAUGAAUCGGUACAUCUUCAAUCGACACUUUCAAAUCGUGAACUUGAACUCAAAGGAAUAUGUAUAAGAAAGUUGAAACUCAAUUCAAUCAGUACUGGUCUAGGUGGAAGAUGUCUUGUUAAAUUGGUAUCUGCCGUACAAGAUGAAUAUUUACCUCCUCAUAGAUUUACUCCUGGUGACAUUGUUGGUAUUAGAACAACCAAAUCAAAACCAGGACAAUCAUUAUCAUCUGGUGUUGUAUAUAGAGUUGAUAGAUUUCGUAUUACAAUAUCAUUUGAUGAAUAUGAUGAAGAGUUGAUGGCCGAUUGGGAGAGUUUUGUAUUUGCAAUCGAUAAACUAUCAAAUGAUGUAACAUAUAGAAAGAUGCGUGAAGCAUUAGAGUCGCUAAGAAGUGACCGUAUUGCAUCUGGCAGUGGUGGUGGUACAACCAUUACAAAUCAAGUUAGUUCUAGAAUAUUAGAUGUUGUAUUUAAUGGUGCUGAACCUCAUCAAAGUGCUACUUAUACUAGUAGUUCAGAAAACAAUAACAAUAAUAAUAAUACAACAUUGAAACCAAUUACAUCAAAAUUAAAUCAAACACAAAUUAAAGCAGUUGAAUUUGCAUUGGGAAGUAGUGAUAUUGCACUUAUUCACGGUCCACCAGGAACUGGAAAGACAACGACUGUCGUUGAAUUUAUUGUACAGUGUGUUCGUAGAGGACAACGCGUUUUGGCAUGUGCACCAUCAAAUUUGGCAGUUGACAAUAUGUUGGAGAAGCUGAUUGCUGUUAAUGGUAUCAAUCCUACUCGUGUUGGUCAUCCAGCACGUAUUAUGGAAGGAUUGAGCAAGUACACUUUGGACCACAAGACUAAAAACUCUGAAGAGGCAGAGGUUGUCAGAGGACUGAGAAAGGAGAUUGCUGACCUCUUGAAAGAAACAAAGUCAAAGGGAACGGAUCGUGACCGUCGUCGUGUUAUUGGAUCGACCAUCAAAGAUUUGCGAAAGGAUCUUCGUUCAAGAGAAGUGGUGCUUGUAGAACAGGUCAUUAAAAACUCAAAGGUUGUAUUGUCAACUUGCACAGGUGCUGCAGACUAUUCACUUCGUCAUCACGAUUUUGAUAUUGUGGUGAUUGAUGAGGCUGGUCAAGCAUUGGAAGCAUCGUGUUGGAUUGCUAUUCGAAAGGGUCGUCGUCUUGUAUUGGCCGGUGAUCAUCAGCAACUCCCUCCUACCAUCCAUUCCGACGAUGCUGCCAAAGACGGUCUUUCAGUGACGUUGUUUGAACGUCUCAUUAGAAUCUAUGGCGACAAGAUAUCGAGACUCUUGUCUAUCCAGUACCGUAUGAAUCAGUCGAUCAUGAACUGGUCGUCAAAAGAGUUUUACAACAGUGAAAUGCAUGCCGACGAAUCAGUUGCCAGUCACUUGCUACAAGGAUUGAAUCCGGAAAAGAUCAAAACAACACCCACUACGACAUGUCCCAUCGUUCUCAUUGACACGUCUGGAUGUGAUAUGGAAGAGUCAAUGGAGGAUGAAAUAGGUGUAGACCAGAGUAAAAGUAAUAUUGGAGAGGCUAGAGUUGUUGCGACGUACGUCAAAAAACUGUUGCAGCAUGGAGUGCUCGAGAGCAACAUUGGUAUUAUCUCACCGUACAAUGGACAGGUAAAAUGUCUCAAAGCAGUCAUUGAAUCAAAACAAAUAGAGAUUGGAACAGUCGACGGUUUCCAAGGUCGUGAAAAGGAGGUGAUUAUCAUUUCCAUGGUUCGUUCCAAUCCUCCACCACACAAUGUUGGUUUCCUCAAAGAGGAUCGUAGAACCAAUGUAGCCAUAACAAGAGCAAGAAGACAGGUUGUCAUUGUCGCCGAUUGUCUUACCAUCUCAUCGUACCCAUUCCUCAAGAGAAUGGUAGAUUACUGUAGGGAAACUGGAUUGGUUCGAUCUGCUUUAGAGUAUAGUGCUGGUGAUUUGGACGAUAUGAGUAAUACCGGACAAGAGUUUGUUUUGGUUUCAUCCGACGAAGAGGAAUGGGACAAUGAAAAGAAAAGUGACCGAAACAAUACAAGUCAAAAGCUUGCACUACAAGCCAAACAAAAGAAAUCAAUUGCAGAGUUGAAAAAGGAAAAAAAGAUGGCAAAAAAGAAAGACCAAAACAAAUCAAAACAAGAACUAGAGGUGGAAAAUGAAGAGAAAAAGAAAAAGGAAAUUGCGUCACUCGAUGCAAUGAUUCAACAAUUUAUCAAAUCGUCCAACACUGUCUAUUCACUUCCACCUACCCUUACCUCUUAUCAAAGAAUGUUGGUUCAUGAAUUGGCAGAUAAAUAUAAACUUGGUCAUGAAAGUAUUGGUGAAGGUGAACAAAGACAAAUAACUUUAACCAAAAAAUCAAAGGAUAAAAAAUCAACAUCAACCAUUAAUAUUGAAAAGGUAAAACAAAAAGAACCUGAACAAGUUAAAAAAGAAGAAGAAGAAGAGGAAGAAGAAAUGGUUGUUGGUGAUGAUGAAAAAGAUGAUGAAAAUGAAGAAGAAGAAGAAGAAAAGUUGGAAACUAAAACCAAGACUACAACUAAACCAAAUCAACCUCUUGCUGCACCAAAAAAACAAUCCCCUAAAAAACCAGCAACAACAAAGAAACCAAAGAAAGCAACAACAACCCAACCAAAAAAAGAUAUUGGAGAUGAAUUACUUGAACAAUUUAAUAGUUUGGAUGUAGCACCAAUCGAUAUAACAGUAUGUGGAAUUAAAUCUUGUAAAAAUAAUGUAGUUUUAUUGGGUCGUAUCUGUGAAUUUUGUAAAAGAAAGUAUUGCAACAUGCACGCACUCUAUGAAAUCCAUGGAUGCGGUGAUAGAGCCAAGGUAAAGGCCAGACAAGACUGGUUCGAUGCCUAUGCAAAUGGUGUACAAAAAGAAACAAAAACACAUGCCAAAUUACAAACAAAGAUACAAGAAAAUGAAAAUGCAAGAAAAAAGAAACCUGCUCCAGGUUCUAAAAAGAAAUAA